AAUUUUCAAAAACUUUUCAAGGUCGAAUCCACCAUUUUGGUUUAAUUUCGCCAUUUUCUAUUCUUGUCAAAAAAUCGUCGAAAUCGUUUCUUUUUCCUUAUGCGGAGUACGCGUCGUUGUAGUGCUCCUUAGUUAAUAUUUUCGAAACUAUUAUUUAAGAUUAAUUAAAUUUAUAUUGGCUAAUAUGCCACCUGUUAAGCAUUAUUCGUGUAGUGAAGUAAAUCAACAUGAAUUAUCUUCGAGAUUAUUAUCUCUAACAGAAAAUAACACAUCUUAUACACUGACGCAAAUUAAUGGGCAGAGGAUCUACAGAAAAGCUCCUCACGCAUGGUCUGGGCCGGAGCCGUCUAGGAAUUGUGAGGUGUUCAUCGGCCGCAUCCCGCACGACUGCUUCGAGGACACGUUGGUGCCUCUGUUCCGGCAGGCCGGCGAGCUGUUCGAGUUCCGGCUCAUGAUCAACUUCUCCGGUUGGAACCGCGGGUACGCGUUCGCCAUGUAUACGACCGACGCGGAGGCGAGCAACGCCAUACGGAUGUUUAACAACUACAUGAUUAGGCCUUCUUGGCAACUCGGCGUGUGUCCGUCCAUCAACAACUGCCGCAUCUUCAUUUCACGCAUCCCGCCGACGCUGUCCUCGGCGGAGAUCGUGCGGCUGCUGUACGAGCUCACGGAUGAGGUGGUCGAGGUACGCGUGCGUCGUUCAGUAGCCUCUAGCGCCGCCAUCGUGGAAUACAAGUCGCACCGCGGAGCCGCCAUGGCGCGCAAGGCGCUGGUGGCCGCCGCGGCCGCCGCGUGGGGCUCCGGCGCGCGCCCCGCCGUGGACUGGUCGCUGCCGCAGUCGCCGCAGCUGCUCAAGCAGUACCGGGAGGUUGGCCGCUGGACUCCCGAGCGCGGCGUGGAGCUGACGCGCGUGCCCGAGAGCGGCGCCUACUCGCCGCCCAUCGCGCCGUCCUACACGCUGGAGCCGUGGUCGCAGGCGCGCCGCCUGCGCAUGAUCCACGAGGCGUCGCGCCGGCACCAGGCCCAGGACUGGAACGGGCGCCUGGAGGCCGGCAUGGAGUCGCUGGCGGCGUCCAUGUCGGGGCUGGGGCUGGGGCCGGGCGCCGCGCGCGUGUGGGCGCCGCCCGCCGCGCCGCCGCCGCGCGACUUCAACCCCUGGACGGCGCCGCACCCGCUGCGCCACUUCCUGCAGCCCGGCGAGCCGCAGUGACGCCCCACACCCGGCACCCGGCACCCGCGCCGCCCUGCUCCCCGCCUAGACGGAGGCCCGAGAUACACGAUGACUUGCUGAUGAGACCCGAUAUUCAUGCUUCAAUAAGAGGUAUCGCUUAUAUACAUGAAAUGUAGCCUUAAUAAUUUGUAAUAGGAAUCGUCGACCCGAUUUUAUAACUAGAAUAGCUGCAGUGAGUUCGUUUUGUGGUUUUCAUCAAAAGCCGAGCUUCUUUUUUGGCUACUUCAUAGUUCUACGACAAAAACCACGAGUAAUUUGGAGUAGUCCUAACUCAUAGGAUAUAUAGGCGAACGGAAUAAGGAGUAGUCUCCAGCCUGAAAGGUAAAUGCGUCUGAGCGCAACGAGCGAUAGUGGGAUUGAAAUAGCUGGCACCGCAGCCGACUUAUGACCCGAGUAAUGAGCUCCUUGUUAACACGAUUUUGUCUUUCAUCUAUUUAGGGCGAUCUAAGAAUCACGCUAAUCUGGGUCACUUUAAAUGUGGCCGUCUAUUUAUUACACCUCUACGCACUUUUAGCAGCUCACUUGCCUGUGCUUUUUGGCAAGUCACAUGAAUCUCCACUACAGAUUCACAAAAGAUUUAGAAUAUGGCGCCGCCGAGCAAUAAAGAAUUGCCAAGGCCGUGACCGAGUGCCUGCAGAUUUUAAAUGCAAUGUUUUUCCGGUUGGCGUUCAAUGAAUGCAAAACUGCAGAUUAUGCCUUGUCAACGAGGUACUUACGUAAUCUACUGUGACUAAUUGAAGCAUAACAUUGAGGCAAGUGUUUUAAAAUAACAAUUAUUAUUAUUGUCAGCCGGUGUGUAUCGGGCGGGUGGGGGUAGGGAUUUUACAAUUAAUUUAAUUUUUACCCACGAUUAAUUUAUUGCAUGUAUUGUUUAAGAAUGCAAAUGUGUUUUUAUGUGUUGUGUUGCAUGUCAUGUGCAGUGUCGGAGUGUGAGAGGAAGCCCCGUGCAUAACUAAUUGUCUUUGUUUUUAUUUUGUCGCUGCUUAACGCUGACCAAGAUUGUUUACAAGUUUUAGUUGUCUCUGGAGCAGCUUGUCAACGUUUUUGGUGUUGGUGAAGCGAUUUGGGGAAAAGAAAAAGAAUUUGGUUGUCAUUUUAGUUUACUGUUUCCUUUCUGUUUUGGUGUUAAAAUGCUGCUAAGGGCACCAAUAUUAUUUUUCGAUUUCCUAAAGUUAUUCUCGGUGCUGGUGUGCUGCACUGUAAUCUUCUCUUGCACUCCUUUUAAUACUUAAGAGAGGUAAAUUUUACAUUUAGACACUAUUUAAUUUAACUGUAAUGUAUUGAAUUAAGAAUCCAUUUUAACUGCAUAGAUUAUAAUUUAUUAAAAUGAAGAAAAAAAAAUAUGUAAGGCAGCAUCAAUAUUUAAGCAAGUAUGUGCAAGAUCGUUUUAUGUUAUGAUAUGAAUUAAGUGCAACCGCCGGUUCCGCCGUGCAUAGUUGCAUUACUGGCAAUCUCAAUUUUUUGAUGUUUUUUCAACGAAAUAUUCAUGUUAUUGUAGUUUACUAUUUCAUACGAUCAAGUCUUAUUUAAAAUCGGGUUUUAAAUAAAUCAAUUUGGAUCUGUUUUCUCUUCAAUGGAUAAACACAGCAUUAUGAAAUUAUCUAUCUUAUUCUACACGAACAGUAUAACGAGACAUGAAUUUAUCUCUCAGGCUUUUAUGAGAUUUUUAAACUAAUAUUGCAUGCCAGUAUUGAUUAAUAAAUUUAAGUAUAAUGAUUAA